AUGGCUGCCGCUGCCCGACCGAUUCAGGUCGGCGUGAUCGGCUACGGACUAUCAGCCCGGGUCUUCCAGAUCCCCUUUGUACUGGCGUGCAGUCGCCUGGUCUUGCGUGCUAUCGUGCAGCGCCACGGCGACGAGGCCCAGCGCGACCACCCGACCGCGACGAUCUACCGCGACGCCGCAGCACUCUUUGCCGAUGCCGCUGUCGACCUGGUCAUUGUCACGACGCCGCCGGUCUCGCACGUGACGCUGGCCUCGCAGGCGCUGGCUGCGGGCAAGCACGUCGUCGUGGAGAAGCCGUUUGCGCCGACGGCAGCCGACUGCGACCGACUGUUGGCCCAGGCCAGAGACAGCGGCCGGCUGCUGUCGGUGUACCAGAACCGGCGAUGGGACGGCGACUUUGUGACGCUGCAGGCACUCAUGGGCACUACACCCAAUCCACUCGGCCGCCUUGUCGAGUUCGAGAGCCACAUCGACCGCUUCGUCCCCCCUGGCCGGCCACCACAUGCGGCCUGGCUCGCUGAGUCAGCCCAGCCGACAACCGGGGCGCUCUAUGAGAUCGGCUCGCACCUGCUGGACCAAGCCGUCACGCUGCUCGGGCUGCCACAGCACGUGACCGGCUUCGUGGCCGCGCAGCGUGGCGGCAACGCCACCGCCCCCGACACGUUCACGGUGCUGCUGCACUACGCCGGUGGUCUGCUGGCGACGCUCAAAUCGAGCCCGGCCAGUGCCGAGACGGAGCAGCUGCGGUUUUGGGUGCGCGGCGAGCGGGGGUCGUACCGGAAGUACCACUUUGACCCCCAAGAGACCCAGGCCCUCGAACAGGGCCUCGGCCCUGGCGAUCCUGGCUUCGGCGUCGAGGACCCUGCCUUUGCCGGCCGGCUGACCGUCUACGGCGACGACGGCCAGCUGCACACAUCCACCGUGCCGGCCGUCUCGCCACCACCCACGUACACAUGCUACUACGACCUGCUGGCUGCGGCCAUCGACGGCACCGGUCCCGUGCCUGUGCCGGCCGAAGACGCCCGCAAUGCUGUCCGUCUCGUGGAGCUGGCACUUCAGAGCGCUGCCGAGGGCCGCACACUGGCUUGGGAGCCGUAG